AAAGAACUGCUUCCACCCCAAAAACAUCUCCAAGCUCGGAUUCGAUCCGCCAUUGGAGCAACGUUGAGCUCGUCUCCUGCUCGUUUGCGCCAGGAACUGGGCAGCAAAAAGGUUCGGAAAUCUCAUUUCCUGAAUUCCCGUUUGUUUCUCAAGAAACCUUGGGCCUUAUAUUCCACUGAAACGGCGCCGUCUCCCUUGUUGACUCUUGCUAUUUAUUGGGGUUACCUGGUUACAGAAUACAGAGGCAUGCCCGCAUUGCGGCAUUGGGCAGUUAAAAAGGACAAAUCAGAGGAUUCUUGUUACAGUGUCGGAUUCAUUCUAUUCUAUUCUACUUUCGGAAUCGCGGGUGCGUGCGUCGUUACAGUUCCUGAAAUUGUUUGGCUUUCCAGAUUUGGGGAAGUGAAGGGAAUCACAAAGGUCAGGGCUUGUAAACCUCAAGCGCAAGCGACACACACUCAUUUCCCAAAUUCUAACCAAUCAAGGAAAAGGAACACAAAGAGAGCAAACAGCCGCCGCACGGAAAGCCGUCGUCACCCCUAUUCCCCCCCAGCAAAGCAAUAUUAAUUCCUUCCUCUUUAAGGAAGGCAGGUGGGAUCCCAAUUUAAACCCAAUAACAUCCUUCCAACUUCCCAUUUCGAGUUCGUGCUUUCUGUGUGGGGUUGCUCUGUCCUCGGCCUUUCUUCGACGCUGGAGAAAGUAUAUUAGAGUUUGGCAGCCUGAUUACAUUAUCAGCUAAGACGCGCAGAGUUUAUGUUUGAGAACUGAAAUAAUAGCUGUUGAUUCUUUAAACAGUAGAUAUGGAAACAGUUAACGAUGAGUUAGAAAUAAGUCAUGUUGUGGUAGAAAGGAAGGAAACACCAACGAAUCCGGAAAAUGUUGAUAGUACUAGUGCUACUGAAAAGGUCGAAGCAGGCAGCCUGCCUAUUUGUGAUAUAAAUAAAAGUAUCUCGGCUGUAAGUUUCUCUGAUGACAUUGGGGACAGUGGAACAGCAGUCACUGCAACUACGAGCAGUGUCGAUGGUUCUGAAGAAACCAUCAUGUUUCCAUUUUAUGUAAGGUUUCCUUCACAAUGUUCUAGGAGGAAGAAGCUGCUUAUUCUUGAUUUGAAUGGGCUUCUUGUCGAUGUAGUAACUUGUCCUCCAAAGGAUCGUACUCCAGACAAACGGGUUGGAAUUCGAUCAUUUUUUGUGAGGCCAGGUUAUCUGGAUUUUCUCAAUUUCUGCUAUCAAAGAUUUGAAGUAGCUGUCUGGUCAUCAAGAACAAGGCAUGUCCAACGCAUAUUCAGCUCCUUAGUACUUACUUCCCUGUUAAUGUUCACUGUUUCGAUGGUAAUUUUUUUCAUCAAUUUAACAUUCUGCAGAAAGAACAUCAAUAUCCUGAUUGAUUACUUGUUUGGAGAUAUGAAGAACCGUUUGUUAUUUUGUUGGGAUCUGUCCCAUUGCACAACAACACAGUUCAAGACAUUAGAGAACAAGCACAAACCUCUGGUGUUCAAAGAACUGACGAAGGUUUGGAAUAAAGAGGACCCUCAACUUCCAUGGGAGAAAGGGUACUUCAAUGAAUCAAACACGUUGUUAGUGGAUGAUUCUCCUUACAAAGCAUUACUUAACCCUGUAAGUUGAAUAGAAUUCUUCAUGUUUACUGCCAACCACUUAUUAUGAAUUGAUAAUCGAUGCCUCUAUAUUCCUUGAUGCUUAUUUCCUUUGUGGCGCUUUAUAAAAUGACAACACAGAUUAACUCUGGCAUCCAUCCUCAUCCCUACAGUUAUGAGGAUCUCAAAGAUAACUCACUAGGUACUGAUGGUGACUUGAGAGUAUAUCUUGAACAGUUAUCUGAAGCGGUGAAUGUACAGAAGUUUGUUGAGACAAACCCAUUUGGUCAAAAGGCUAUUGCUGAAGGGAAUGCAGAAUGGAGCUUUUACCAUGAAGUUAUAAGCACAUUGUAUCCUUCUCGAGUUGAAGGCGGAAAAUACGUAUCUUCGGUGUUAACUUGAUGGAAGAAAGCCCUGUAGGUCGGGUAGGAAAGUAGCCAAGCAUUUUCCUCCAGUCAUUUGAAUAUAGACAAACCCGUGAUUGAAUAUAGUUGAAUGACAACUGCAAGGAAGAGACCUGCAAUUUCUUCUCAAGAGUUAUUUGGGGAGGGAGUUUGUUAUUUACUUAUUUUAGUUAGUUUCAGGCUUCAGUUUACUUUGCUUUUGGAGAAAACAAAAAAGACUAGGCUAGAAGUUGCAUAUAGGUCUUUUAGUGGGGGAAUUCAACAUGGCAACAUGGUUUGUUGAAUGUGUCUCUACUAGCUAUUGGGUUUAGCUAUUUUCCAUCACACGAUAAAUGAUAAACCUGUUUGUUUUUUAUUG